CGACUUCCGCGUUAAACCGAGGACGCAUCUCAUUUUUGAAACGCGUUAUUUUGCGUCCAUCCUCCCCACCACCCCCAGCGAGCACCCGUAGCACGUGGAGACUCGACUCUGCGAUCAGCUGAUGGCGUCGCCCGGCAUCCCCACGCUUAAGCAGUUUCUGCACCGGCAAAGAGUUCUCUCCCUGUACCGAAAGAUCCUGAGAGCCAUCCGCCAGGUGCCCGACCGCCACUACCAGGUGUACCUGCAGGAGUCGGCGCGGCACGAGUUCAAGAUGAACAGGGAGGAGAAGAACGAGGACGCGGUGAGGAUGGCGAUGACUCGGGGGAACGCGCAGCUGAAGGAGCUCCAGAAAAUCAUCCGCCUCUCCAAGUGAGCGACCGGUGGAGGUGGCACGGUGGGGGGGGUCACCUGCGGCCCCACCACGAUGGGACGCCACGAUGUCCUCCCGGCCCACACGGGCGCGUUGACGUGAUCGUGACUCGGGCGGCGGCGGCGGGAAUUGACGACGUGGACACCGUGUUUUUUUUUUUUACUCUCAACAAUUCACCGCCGGGAAAACGUCAACGAUGAAUCCAAAAGCGAGUGAGCUGAGAACAAGCACCGCCAGUGAAGUCAACAUUGCCGAACUAAUACGCUGCUAGGUCGCACUGAUCGCACUGGUCUACGAUUUUUUAGACGUCGUCUGCUUCACAGAUUAAAUGUGCUGUUUAUUCUGGAUUUUGAUGUGCUGAAUUCAGAUAUGACAAAACAACUGAACGGCUACUGUUCCCAAGAUAUUUAAGUUUUUACAUUUUAAGUCUAUGUAUUUUGUGUAGACAGUAAAGUUUUACCCAUAAAUGAUAAACCUAUAGGUAUCUUCAUGUGUUUAUGAAUGCUUUACAUCAUAACAUGUCACCUGUCCUGUUCAUGUAACACUUAAAAAAAAUCAGCAAAAGGAUUAUAUAAAUAAAGUUUAUUAUUAAACAAAA